UGCUACUCGGACGUAAACUCUUUAUUCACAACUCUCUCUCUCUCUCACCAAUGGCCCAAGCAAGCUUUGUGGUUCUGAUUUUGGCCUUGAUUGCGGGCGCCACAUUGGCUUUGUCUCCGGAUUCCACUCCGGCAUGGUCUCCAGCGAAACCACCCACUACUGCAAGUACUCCACCACCGUCGUCAUCGAUUCCUACUGCUCCAACACCGUCUCCAAAAGCGGAACCUCCGGCGUCGUCUCCAUCGGCCCAUUCUCCAUCUCCGAAGGCCGCUCCUAUUCUGCAGUCGCCACCUCCCCGUGAUGCGUCUCUUUCUCCUUCUCCUUCUCCUUCCUACUCCCCUUCUCCUCCUACACCGUCUACUACUACUCCGUUGCCGGCCAGUCCUCCCACAUCGAUCGCAUCUCCACCGUCUGAAGCGCCUUCCCCAGCACAAAGCGCCGCUGUCUCGAACAGAUUGGCCGUCUCUGGUUCCCUGGCCGUCGGUCUCUUCGCCGCCGCUUUCGUUGUUUAACUGUUAAGGCUGUUAUCUUUCUCUGCAUGCGCUGCAGUACUGGUUUAUUUUACAUCUAUUAGUAUUUAUUUAGCCUUCACUCUCCCUCUCUCUUGUCUUUCUCUCUAUCUCUCUGUCUGUCCGUCUUUUGAUGAUGCUUACCGUGACUAUGUUUUGAUUUGUAUGAUUUCAUAUCUCAGAAUGUAUUACUACUACGUACUAAUAUAUAUCAUGAUCUUAUUCAUGUCGUCAA